AUGGGCAAAUUCGUACCCCGCCAGCGGAAGCACAAGCACCGCGUGCGCGAGGAGGAAGAGCGCCAGAAAGCCGCCGCCAAGGUUGGCGUCGCAUCUGCCAGUGAUGCGAACGCGGACGUCAUCCUGCCGCCGGCCAAGGCGGAGAAGGAUAAGAAAAGGGAGAUGAUGAGGGAUGAAUUGCGCGCGCUGCAACCGCAGAGCAAGAUCAGCAAGAAGAAGCAGAAGAGAAUGGACAAAUACAUUGACAAUAAGCUUAAGAAGGAGGAAAACCUUGAUAUCAUGAAGAAGCUCGCAGAGUUCAAGACAGAUACCAGCCUGAUGCAGAGCGCGAGACAGCUCACUCAUACCAGCAAAUCCAGACGAGAGAUUCUUGCCCGGGCCGCGCGGGAGAAAGAAGCUGGCAUUGAUGUCGAGAGGAACGAGACCAUACUCAAGGACGUAUCGAGGCCGGAGAAGAAGGAUCAAGGAUACCAUACCGAUUCAGACGAAGAGGAUGACGAGAAGGUCGAGAACAUCCAGAAGAAAGCAACAAACGGAUCCGUUGCAGCGCCUAAACAGGAAGAGGAGCAUACCAAGAAGAAGAACCCGGCGGCAUCUGCGGCUUCCUUCGGAAGUGGAUUGAAAAGGCCCCUUGAGCUGGAUGACGAUGGGAGACCUGUGAUCAAGAAGAGAAAAAGGGCAGCAAAGCCCAAUUUGAAGUUUACGGCGCCUCAAACGGAGCCUGAAUGGGAAGGUUUCAGCUCAGAGGGAGGGGGAUCUGCUGAUGAUGACGAUGACAGCAGCGCCAGCGGUUGGAGUGCAGUGUCGGGUGAAGAGGAGGGCUCCGAGGACGAAGAGAUGGAAGAGGAGGAAGGGUCAGAUGAUGAGGACGAUGAUGAAGAGAGUUUAGACGAGGAUGAGUCGGAUGAGUCCGAGGAUGGCGCGAAAAAGCAGGAGAAAAAAGAAAGGUCUUCAGCUUUCAAAGCCUGGGCAACAGCCGAGAGAAACAAGACGGUUGGAUAUACACCUUCGACGAACAUCGAGGCACUUCCUCAAUUACCAGCAAAACCAUUUCAACCUCGAGCCCCCGAAGAAGACCCUCUACCACCGGAAUUGGCAACGAAGACAGCCACCGAUGCUUGGAGGAAAGCGUACAGUGUGACGGUGGAGCGGCCCGAGGAUGUUCAAGAGGGGCGUUUGAAGCUCCCUGUCGUGGCGGAGGAACAAAAAAUCAUGGAAGCAAUCCAUAACAAUGACGUUGUUGUCGUUUGGGGGGCGACAGGUAGCGGAAAAACCACCCAAGUCCCGCAAUUCUUGUUCGAAGCCGGAUAUGGAGAUCCAAAUGGCCCAACACCUGGCGUGAUUGGUGUCACCCAACCUCGACGAGUUGCAGCGGUCAGCAUGGCCAACCGCGUGGGCGUGGAACUCGGAAGUGCUGGUAAGAGGGUUGGCUACCAGAUCCGUUUCGAUUCUUCCACCGGGGAUGAUACAGCCAUCAAGUUCAUGACGGACGGUAUCUUGCUCCGCGAGAUUGCUCAAGACAUCUCCUUACCUGGUUACUCCGCCAUUGUCAUUGAUGAAGCACACGAGCGUAGCGUCAACACCGACAUCCUCAUAGGAAUGAUGAGUCGUAUUGUUGACUUGAGACGGAACCUUAUGAAGGAAGACCCCAAGGUCAAGCCUCUUAAGCUAGUCAUCAUGUCUGCCACUCUUCGCAUUUCGGAUUUCACCGAAAAUACGCGUCUCUUUAGAUUUGGCUCGCCUCCAUUGCUCAAGGCAGAGGGAAGGCAGUACCCAGUUACGGUCCAUUUCGCUAGACGGACCAGGAUGGAUUACAUCGAGGAGGCCUUUCAAAAGAUCAAGCGAGGUCACAGGAAAUUGCCUCCAGGCGGAAUGCUUGUGUUCAUGACCGGUCAAAGUGAGAUCAACACGCUGGCGAAGCGGCUGAAGCAAGAAUUCCCAUCAACACAGGGAGCAGAGGUCAAGCAACCGCCAGUUCGUAUUUCCGCGGCUGACGCUCCGCUCGAGGCGGAAGACCUCGAAAUCGGUGAUGACAAGAACCCGGACGACUAUGACGAUGGUUCUGAUGAGGACUCGGAGAUCCACGGUCUCGAUGACGAUGAUGACAAGGACUUCGACAUUGCAGAGGAGGGCGAGGAAACACCAACGCUGAAAGUGCAUGUGCUCCCGCUGUACUCGCAACUGCCGACAAAACAACAGAUGAGAAUCUUUGAGUCACCACCGGAGGGAUCGCGCUUGAUCGUACUUGCCACCAACGUCGCCGAGACCAGUUUGACAAUUCCUGGAAUUAGAUAUGUCUUUGACUGCGGUAGGUCCAAGGAGAGAAUAUAUGACCAGACUACAGGCGUCCAGAGCUUCGAGGUUGGGUGGAUCAGCAAAGCUAGUGCAGAGCAACGCGCAGGGCGAGCCGGUCGUACUGGGCCGGGUCACUGCUACAGAUUCUACUCGUCUGCCGUGUACGAGCGAGAUUUCAAGCAAUAUGCGGAGCCAGAAAUUCUCCGGACCCCCAUUGAGGGCCUGGUACUUCAACUCAAGAGCAUGGGUAUCCACAAGGUGGUCAACUACCCCUUUCCCACAUCUCCGGAUCGACAACAGCUUGCCAAGGCAGAGAAGUUGCUGCAGUACCUCGGUGCUAUCGACGGUGAUGGGAAGAUUACCCCUCAAGGCCGACAACUUUCCGUGUAUCCGCUCACUCCGCGCUUCUCCCGUAUGCUCGUCAUUGGUCAGAACCACGGUUUGGCGGCCUACGUCAUCGCACUGGUCUCUGCUCUUGCGGUUCCAGAUGUGUUCGUUCCGGAGAAUCUACUCAACCUUGCCUCGGAACAAGUCGAUGACGAUCACAUCAGAACUCACGCAGACAACCUCGAGGAGGAAGCGAGGGACAAGCGGCGGAGAGCAUACAACUCAGCCCACGCCAGUCUAUCCCAGCUCGACCGCACCAGCGACGCCGCCAAACUCCUCGCCGCCCUCUGCGCCUUCGCUGCCGAACGCAAAAGGACGCCAGAAGACUUCGCCUCGGACAUGUUCCUCCGCCUCAAGGCGCUCCAAGAAGCCACCCAGCUCCGCCAACAACUCACCAACAUCGUCCGCAAGGAGAACCCCCGCUGCGGCAUCGCGACCUACGAGCCCGUCCUCGCGCCGCCCACCAAGGACCAACUCGCCAAGCUCAACUACAUCGUCGCCGCCGGCUUCGUCGACCUCGUCGCCCAGCGCGCCGACCUCUGCCCCGACCGCACCACCGACCUCCCCUCCCGCAAGCCCAAGCGCGCCACCGACGUCCCCUACGUCACCCUCUUCCCCAGCCACGACCGUGAUCAUCACCGCCACCAACCCGCCGACGCGCAGACCCAAUACGUCUUCAUCCACGCCUCCUCCGUCCUCGCCCACCACCCCGUCAAGUCCCUCCCGCAGUACGUCAUCUACUCGCACCUCCAGCGCGCCGCGCCGUCGUCUGUUGGUUCUAGUACCGUCCCCAAGGUCCGCAUGCACCCGCUGUGCGCCGUCACCGGCGCGCAGCUGACGGCCCUCGCCAAGGGCACGCCGCUGCUGCAGUGGGGGAAGCCGGUCGGGAAGAUCGUCGAUAAAGGUCGUGAUGGGGAGGGGAGGGAGAGGCGCGAGUGCUACGUCGUGCCGAGCCUGGUUGGGGAGAAGGGCGGGUUGGGGUGGCCGUUGCCGGCGAAGAGGGUGGUGCAGAGGAAGGAGGGGGGUGGGAAGGGGUGGGUUUUGGCGGAUGUGUUGGGGUAG